AAAUUUUGUAUAUAAAGCACUCGCCACAAUCGAAACGGUAUCAUUCACUAAUUCGUUCUCCAACGAUCAAGUUUAAUCAUUUCAAAUAAAAAAUUUGGAAAAUGGCAUUCAAGUUCAUCGUUUUGUUCAGCAUUUUGGCUGCUGCUGCUAAUGCCGGCCACUUAGGCGCUUACUACACGCCAACCAUUCAAAAGACGAUCGAGUACGCAGCACCAGUGGCCAAAACCAUUGAAUACGCUGAACCAGUACACAAGACCUUCUAUCAACCCAGCCCAGUCAUUACUAAAUCCGUCAUUGCACCAGAGCCAUACAACUACCACGCUCAUGCUUAUGCACCAUCGGCCUAUGCUUCAACUGCCUACGCACCAUCAGUCUAUGCACCAUCAGCUUAUGCUGCCCAUGGAACCGUUUCACACCACGGAAAAACCAUCGCCACUCCACACUCAUACGUCAGCAAAUACGAUACCCGUUAUGUCCACGAAGAUCCACACUACUACCCAACCGUUGUAAAGACACCAACCAUUGUCAAAACUCCAAUCUACUCGGCUCCAGUCGUUCCAACCGUCGUCAAGACCCCAGUCUACUCAGCUCCAAUUGUCAAGAGCUACGAUUCAUAUGACCAUUCAUAUGCUCACGAUCACUCAUAUGCUCAUGCUGCUCCAGUUAUUGCCAAAGCCGCUGUCUCAUACUCACCAGCCGUCGCUGUAUCCCAUGCCACAUUUGAGAGCGCCCAUGGUCACUAUUCCUGGUAAUUUCCGAUGUAACUGACAAUAAUUGACAAUAAAUGACACUCAUAUUUAUUUGUUGAGCUUUGAAUCUGACCGUCUUCCUGUAUUUAACCGAAAAAAAUUUAUUCUAUUUAAAUGAAUGCAUCAAUAAAAAUGA